GUGCGCGUUGCAAGCACACGGAGAGUCUUGGGUCCGGUCGGAGGACGCGAGGGUAGCCAUGCGCGAGGUCAUCAGCAUCCACGUCGGCCAGGCCGGCGUCCAGAUGGGCAACGCCUGCUGGGAGCUCUACUGCCUCGAGCACGGCAUCACACCGGACGGACAUAUGCCCUCCGACACCAGCUUCGGCGUCGCCGACGACAGUUUCAACACCUUCUUCCACGAGACGGGCACGGGCAAGCACGUGCCACGCGCUCUGUUUGUGGACCUGGAGCCGACGGUGGUGGAUGAGGUACGCAUGGGCACGUACCGCCAGCUGUUCCACCCGUCUCAGCUUCAGUCCGGCAAGGAGGACGCCGCCAACAACUAUGCCCGCGGACACUACACCAUCGGCAAGGAGCUGAUCGAUCAUACCAUGGAUGUGAUCGGCAAGAUGGUGGAAAACUGCAGCGGCUUCCAGGGUUUCCUGGUGUUCCACUCAUUCGGCGGCGGCACCGGUUCCGGCUUCACCUCGCUGCUGAUGGAGAAGCUCUCACUCGACUAUGGUAAGAAGUCCAAACUGUGCUUCUCCAUCUACCCGGCGCCGCAGGUGGCCACGGCUGUCGUGGAGCCGUAUAAUGCGAUCCUCUUCACGCACACAACUCUGGAGCACGCCGAUGUCGAGUUCAUGGUCGACAACGAGGCCAUCUACCAGCUGGCGCAGAGAAACCUGGACAUCGAGCGUCCGACGUACACCAACCUGAACCGUCUUAUCGGCCAGAUUGUCUCCUCCAUCACGGCCUCGCUGCGCUUCGAAGGCGCACUGAACGUCGACCUGACUGAGUUUCAGACCAACCUGGUGCCGUACCCGCGCAUCCACUUCCCGUUGGCGACCUACGCUCCUGUCAUCUCUGCGGAGAAGGCCCAGCACGAGAAGAUGUCUGUGGAUGAGAUCACUCAGGCCUGCUUCGAUCCUGCGAAUCAGAUGGUCAAGUGUGACCCACGUAGCGGCAAGUACAUGGCCUGCUGUCUCUUGUAUCGCGGAGACGUCGUGCCGAAGGACGUCAACGGGUCAAUUGCUGCCCUCCGCAACAAACGCAGCAUCCAGUUCGUCGACUGGUGUCCGACCGGCUUCAAGGUGGGCAUCAACUACCAGCCGCCGACCGUGGUGCCCGGCGGCGACCUGGCCAAGGUGCAGCGCGCCGUCUGCAUGCUCUGUAACACCACUGCCAUCAAGGAGGCGUGGGGCCGUCUCGACCACAAGUUUGACGUGAUGUACGCCAAGCGCGCCUUCGUGCACUGGUACGUCAGCGAGGGCAUGGAGGAGGGCGAGUUCUCCGAAGCUCGCGAAGACAUCGCGGCUCUGGAGAAGGAUUACGAGGAGGUAGAGACCACGGCGAUCUUUGACGACGACGAUGACGACGACUAUUGAGCCGAAUGAGAAGGUGAAUAGGAGAGGCUCUCAUACGUCACCGUCAGUGAAGUUCACUGGAAAAGCUGCACAAGUAUUGAGGAGAAGCUGCUUAACUCAGGAAGGCGUGAAAAGCUUGAUAAUCUCUUAGAAGGAACAGUCAUACAUAUAUCAGGAUUGUUCAUAGACAUGGCUCACCACUACGCUCGUGAACUAAUAUCACUUUUGUCUUUUGUCACAAGAAAUCUACGGAUGCUUCGUUAUACUUGAACGAAAUCAUUAAUGGAAGCUUAUUGUGUUGGUAGGGUACGCGAUUUCUUAGCAUUGUGUGCGCUUGUGGCGCUUGUUGUUUGGGGUAGUGUUAUGGCGAUUUACAUUGUUAUUAUCUGUCGGUUCACUCUUGCAUAAGUGUCAACACUGUCUAUCACGGGGACUAGAAUAAGGCGGCACCUGCCCAAUUACAUGGUAGACUGGGACAUUUAUAUACUAAUUAAUCAGUCUAAUGGAACUGAGUGUUCCUUUUGUCAUAACCUCAUUCGUUUAAGCAUUGAGCAGCAUCCAAGCGUUAACCCGCGUCUUAAGAACUUAUAGACCUAUCAAGUAUUUUGUUUCAAUUAUUGUAAUUGUCCAAUGAGCUUAUUUAAAUGUCAGUGAUGACAUUUUAUAUCGCUUUAGUAAUGUUUUGCGCGACGCUUUUCUGCUCUGACAAUGGUGAAUGGUUCUUUACAUUGGAAUGUAAGACACUUUCAUACUUCAGACACUUGGUAUCGGGUAGUGUCCGUUCAUUUCGCAAAGAUACUGUCGUUAGAUUUAUCCUGCAUUCUGACCUAUAUCCCUGCAUCAUGCUGAUUGUAACCAUGAGAAGUAAUUUUUGAACGAUAUAAUGCGAUGUAGGUACUGUGAUAGACAUCCAUGCAAUACACGUCGAGCUUGACAA